AUUUAUACAAUUAUUAUUAUCAUUAGAAGUAGUAGUAGUAGUAGUAAUAAUAAUAAUAAUAGUACUGCCAAAGACAGGAUUAUCCUACUAAGUAGGUUGACUCUGUAGAGUUUAUACUAGCUACAAUUGCUGUCGAAAAAAAUCAUUGUCUUUGUGUAGCUGUCUAUGUAGGCCGUCCUAUAUAUAGCAGGUCUAUUAAGUGUGAGUAAAUAUCCUUCACUGAGAACCACUAGGGUCAAAUGCCUUGUAUGCCUAACAAACUUGACCGAUAAAGCUGUCUAGUAUUAGUAGUAGUAAUUGUAAUAGCAUUUAUAUUGAUAGUAUAUUAUUUGUAUGAAAUUAGGCUACUUUCAUUGAAAUUUCUCGUUCACGUGGUUUGUGUUUUUAGAAAAGGAAAAAAAAGCAUGUGUGUGAUUACACAGUCCACUAUUCCCAUAAUUUUCCUGAAGGCGCGCUCUGCUCACACAUUCCUACAGUGGCUCCUCCCUUCUCUCCUAUACUGCUGCGGCGGUCACGUGUCACAGGCUCCACCAAUCAGAGGACACUACAACCAACGCAGCAGUAGCGUGCCCCCAGAUCCUCUUUACAGGCACUGCUGGGUCUGAGUCCGUCUGGCGACAACGGCGGUGAGGAGUUGUUUUGGUUAAAGUUGAGCGAAUUUUUUCCAUCUUCUAAUUUACGUAUGGUUGCAUCGAAAUCAAGGAUGCUGAUGUGCCGUCUGUGUGUUCAGCCGUGUGCUGCUCUUCACAUCUCUGAAGGAGGAACAAACUUGGGAAUAACCGAUUUUAUAGCUGAGAGGAGCAACUUUUCCAGCUGCCUUAUUAGUCAACGGGCUGAUCUAUGCUAAGCUAACCUGCUAGCUAAAGGUCUGGAAUGCUGUUGAAAUUUCUGUUUAAAGUCCACAAGCAAGCGGACUUUAGGUUUUGGGAUUCGGUGGCUGGAUGAAAUUUACUGGCAACUUUCAAAGUGAAAUCUGCCCCUCGGAGCCUCACUCUAUUUGGAUGUUGGACGGUGCAGGUGCACCUCUUGUUGCACCUGCAAAUACUUGGUAACUUAGCUCCAUCGCUGAGAGCUAACUUUAGUUAGCUUGCGUUAGCAUUGAGCAUAAGCAGAGACUAUUUAGUGAAAUGAUUUUUCUCUUAUGGCUGAAUUUAUUUGAGAUUUAAGAUAUUCUUUGUUAAUUACCAACGUUAUAUGGCUAUUCAGCCGUCAGCUCAUUAAGUGGUGACACUAACUAAAAAGUAUUUCGGCUAACUUUAGCCAGCAGCUUCGGUAGCUAGUUACUGACCCUCAUACACUUUUCCCGGAGUGGCGACGUGGAUACAGGCUCAUAGACGCGCUCUAUCACAGGACUUUGGACACGGUCUGACCCUGCCGUAGGUUCAGCACGGACUUUCCCCACUGUUCUCAUCAGCUAGUCUCAUUGAAGUGACAGUAUGUGGCUUUCAAUAUGCUACCUUUUACCGUUUUAAAGUUUUCACUUUGUCCUUAAAGCUCUGCACCCUAUGGUGCCGUUACGGCCACCGAGAAAUGGAUGUCUCGCAGGCCGCUUUCCCAAACGGUGAAGGGCGGCCGGGCGGCGGUGGGACCGGGGAGCAUGCUUGGGCUGACUGCCCCACAGUUCGUGCGUGGGCUCACUCUGCUCCGCUAUGCCCAACGCGAUCCUUGUGGACAGCCGCGUAUGACUACGAGGCAAGUGGCGAGGACGAGCUCAGCCUCAGACGAGGGGAUGUGGUGGAGGUCCUGUCCAAGGACGCCGCGAUCUCUGGGGAUGAGGGAUGGUGGACUGGUAAACUCAACCACCGAGUCGGGAUUUUCCCCUCCAACUAUGUCACCUACCAACCCACUAUUUACCGUCUUCCCGCUGCGGGCGGGUCGGUGGGCGUACGAGAGCGAGUCCCGAGCUCGCCUGUCCAGAUUCCCUUCAAUGAACUGGUGCUGGAGGAGAUCAUAGGCGUGGGUGGAUUUGGCAAAGUUUACCGAGGCACAUGGAAAGACCAAGAGGUCGCCGUGAAGGCGGCUCGGCAAGACCCAGACGAGGAUAUAACAGCCACUGCCAGCAGUGUUAAACAAGAAGCGAAACUUUUCUCCAUGCUACAGCACCCCAACAUUAUUAAACUAGAAGGGGUGUGUUUGGAUGAGCCCAACCUGUGCCUGGUCAUGGAGUAUGCCCGAGGCGGGACACUGAACCGGGCGUUGACCGGAAGGCGUAUCCCUCCCCACAUCCUGGUUAACUGGGCCGUGCAGAUUGCACGCGGAAUGCACUAUCUCCACGAGGACGCCGUGGUGCCCAUCAUCCACCGUGACCUGAAAUCCAGCAACAUUUUAUUACUUGAAAAGAUUGAGAAUGACGACAUUGGUAGGAAGACCUUGAAGAUCACAGAUUUUGGCCUGGCCAGGGAGUGGCACAAAACCACAAAAAUGUCAGCGGCGGGCACAUACUCCUGGAUGGCCCCUGAGGUCAUCAAGUCCUCUCUCUUUUCCAAAGGCAGUGACGUCUGGAGCUAUGGUGUCUUGCUGUGGGAGCUGUUAACAGGGGAGGUGCCAUACCGAGGUAUAGACGGCCUGGCUGUCGCUUACGGCGUGGCAGUCAAUAAAUUAACCCUACCAAUCCCCUCCACUUGCCCUGAACCCUUCGCCAAGCUCAUGGAAGAGUGUUGGGACCAGGACCCACAUGUGCGUCCCUCCUUCUCCUGCAUCCUGGAGCAGCUGUCAGCCAUCGAGGAGGCGGUGAUGGCCACCAUGCCGCAGGAGUCCUUCCACAGCAUGCAGGACGACUGGCGUGUGGAGAUCCAGGAGAUGUUUGAUGAGCUCAGGACCAAAGAGAAGGAGCUACGCUCUAGGGAAGAGGAGCUGACACGGGCCGCUCUCCAACAGAAGUCUCAGGAGGAGCUGCUGAAGCGUCGAGAGCAGCAGCUGGCAGAGCGGGAGAUCAACGUGCUGGAGCGAGAGCUCAACAUCCUCAUUUUCCAGCUCAACAAAGACAAGCCCAACGUGAAGAAGAGGAAAGGCAAAUUCAAACGUUCCCGCCUUAAACUGAAGGAUGGAAACCGUAUCAGCCUGCCCUCAGACUUCCAGCAUAAGAUCACCGUGCAGGCAUCGCCUUCCAUGGACAAGAGGCGGAGCCUUCAUAGCACCAGCUCCUCCCCUCCCAGCAGUCCCACACUCAUCCCCCGGUUACGAGCCAUCCAGCUUACUCAAGACGAGAGCAACCGUACAUGGGGCCGCAGCACCCUCUUCAGGCCAGAGGAGUUUGAUGAUGUGAAAAAGGGAAUCAAGAAGAAAGGAAGAACCUGGGGCCCCAGUUCAGUACAGAGCAAAGAAAGGCCAGCUGCUGCUGAGAGAGUGCGUCCUCUGUCAGACGGCAACAACCCCUGGUCCACCAGCCUGGUGAAGUCCCAAAAGUCUGUCCCUCUUGCUGCCCUGUUUGCUGAACAAGCGGGGGUGGGUAAAGAUGAGGCAUUCUCCCAGGAAUGUCCUGACAGCACCUCCAAACCAAAGCAGCUCAAAUUUCCCAACCAGGUGUACAUCGAUCUACCUCUGUGGAGGGAUGAGCAGCAGUCUCAGAUCCCCGCCGGGUAUUGUGGGCCAGGAGAUGCUGGGUUUGGCGCAGCAGGGCAGGGUGGCACGCCAGAGACGCCAGACGACCCCUAUACCACUACAUCCACCUCGUCAACUUCCACCACCCCACAACACACCCCUACCAACAGCCUGAAGCGAGCAUCAGCUCAUCGCAAGACUGACUCUGUGCUAUAUGGCUGCGGCUCGUUGCUGGCUUCAGUUGUGCUAGGUUAUGACAUUAGGGAGGCUCUCAAAAACUCAGCCCCCGGUGAAGACUGCGAGCCCCAGCGUGAGGAGAAAGAGAAGAAGAAAAAGGAGGGUUUGUUUCAGCGGGCAACCCGGUUCCGACGCAGCACCUCACCACCAAGCGGUCGCUCCCGCAAAGACGAGGCCUCAUUGAACCAUACCUCCACCCAACAUGUCAAUCUCGUCUCCAUGUCAGCCAUCAUGGAAUGCAACUCCACCAAGUGUCUCUUACCGUCUGAGGCAGAGGCGUCAGAGUGUAGCCCUGCGAAGGUUGAGCCUGUGGCUGUCAGUCAUCUCACAGAGCCACGCAGACCUGACCCGGCAGCGUCCACAGAAGGCCAGAGUGGCAGGACUGCUGUUGAAUCACCGGUGCAAAUCCAAAGCCAGCCACCAGAGCAGAACAACCACAACCCAGAGACACGACUACGCAGAAAGAAAUACACCACCAAACACAGUACCAACGGCCCACCUGCUCUGCCUCCUCCAUCCACACAGAGGAAGCAGGAGAAGGAUAGGGUGUCAGAGAAGCCCUCUGGCAGUGAGGCCGUCUCCAGACCGCGGCCCGUGUCGUUCCGAGCCAAACCCCAUGCCUGGGCUCUGCUGCGAGGGCGGAACAAGAGCUACUCCCUGGGCCACUACUCUGGAGAGAAGACGGCACAAAAUUUAAACAUGGUGCUCUCAUCAGAGAUGGGGGUGGGCUGCUCCCUGCUGGACAUGGACACAGAGGGUCAGAAAAGAGACUGCACUGUCCCACUCUGCCGCAUACAGAGUUCCUCUGUCUUUGAGCUGGAGAAGGAGUUCCUCUCCUAGGAGCCUUGAUGUGGUUGUAGUUCAUCCCAUAAAUUCCAGAACAUGCACGCAGAACUCCUGGAGGGUUUAGACCCAGGCUGCCUUUUUUUUUUCAUAACGUACGGUAGAACCAAGCUUUGUCUUUGACCCCGUUUACACUUGGUAUUAAAAUGCAUCCAGGGCGAUCGGAUCACAAGUGGACUGUGCUAAAAACAAAUGUAAAUGACCACUAAGACAGAUUGAUAUCCAGUCACUGAAACCACUUGCAGAUGUGGUUUGGGACAAAUUUAACCACGUACCAUUGUAGUGUAAAUGUAAUUCGUCCUGAUGCAUCUCUGACAAGACUGUUACUAGAAUGCACAACGUGGCAGUUGCUUUGGUGAGUGUGCACCAGCACUCAGCGAAAGAAAACAUGGAGAGAAAUAGCCAAUACAAAUCCAUCAAUUAUACUGUGAAAGCUGUCAUAAUAAUAAUGUGCAAACCUGACGCUUGUCUUCUGCUGCUUCUCUGCUUACAGACUACUGCCGCUUGUCUGGUUACAGACUGAAGUAAUAACUGUAUUUUGUGCCAUUUGAUAUUUAAAGAAUUCGAUAUUCAAGUGUUGCAGCAGCAGGGACAGUGGACACCUGGAGACGCACCUAUAUUGAUAGGUGUAAACAGUGUCUUGCUGUCCACUUGUGAUCCAUUUGUCUAAGACGCAUUUUAAAACUAAGUCUAUACAGGGCCUCAGUUCUAAAACCAAUGGCCUAGUCUGAGAAUUCUACAAGAUGUGUGUGUGUGUUACAAGAGUUCGCGCAUGCACACCCUUUUCAGUUUGAGAACGGUCUUUCUAGGUGCGUGGCGUUAAAGGCACCGCACGCAGGCAGCAUUGCAUCGUGGGGUCAUCUUGUUAGGCCCAUCAUGACUCCCAUAACACACACUGGGAGUGGCGUGAAUUCAGCACGGGACUACCAAAAAUGUUUGGGUACUUCAGUAUUUUAUGCGUUUGAGAUUCCUCGAUGCAGAGAAAAUAGGACAAUAGUGUGUCCUGAAGCGAUGAUGCACGUCACGCACCGUGUAUGACUCCCUUUACACACCAGCUUGUCUUAUGAUAGAAUGUGUCCUAUGCACACACAGUUCUGAAUCCUGAGCUGGACCACAGGCAGUUCCUCUGAUUCCUUGGUGCUCAGCUGCCACCUUAGUUCGCUCAGCUCUCUCCCUUUAGCACCCUCUUCCUUUCUCAUCCUGUCUGUGCAGCUGUGUUGACCGCUGCUGCAGCUUUUGCAACACACUACCCUCACCUUUUUAUUUAUAUAUAUUUUUAUAGGUAAUUUAAUAUGAAGAGACUUGACCUUACCUUAGCAACCAGCAGGACGUACAUUUCGUGUCAGCUUCAAACCUGUGUGAUCACGCUUUUAGAUUUUUUUUACUUGAGAAUCGUGCAUGCAUAUGCCCUUAAGAUGUUGAACAAAAAAUCAUUAUGCCUUGUUUGUAAAUAUUUCUUUUUAUCCAUUAUCAGCCUGAUGCUGGCAGUCGUUUUGUAUUUCAUAUGUAUUUACUGUUGAAAAAUCAGCAAUGCUGCAGUACAGUUAGUGUUCUUGGGGCAGGUUAUGUACUGGAUUGUAGCAGGGAUGAAAGUAUGCUUCCUCCCAGAAUGCCCUGAAAAUUUUAGAGGUGCGGGUAGAAAAACACUGGAAGUCCUACAGAACAGUCGUGGAAUCUUUUCACUAAAUUGUGAAUUUUAAAUGACCGCUGUGGUCAUGUGUUACUAACAUGGAUUUUUCUAAGAGUAUUUAUAGCAAAG